AUGGCUGUUAUUCAGGAUCUGUUGACAUUUAGGGAUGUGGCCAUAGAAUUUUCCCAGGAGGAGUGGGAAUAUCUGGCCCCUGUGCAGAGGACUUUAUACAGGAACGUGAUGUUGGAGAACUACAGGAACCUGGUCUCCCUGGGAAUCUCUCCUUUUGACCUGAGUGUUUUCUUCAUGUUGGAGCAAGGGGGAGAACCCUGGAGUGUGCAUGGGCAAGUGAAAGUAUCAAGGAACUCAAAUGGGAGGGAAAGUGUCAAAAAUGUGAACAUAGAUACCUCUCCUAAAUGUGCCAUCAAAGAAUUUCCACCAAAAAGGAAGAGUCAUACUGGAGAAAUGUUCCAGACAGCAGUGUUGGAAAGACAUAAAAUCCAUGACAUUCAAGAAUCGUGCUUCAAAGAAAUCCAGAAAAAUGACUUUGAGUGUCACAGUGGCAAGGUCUUCAAUAAGAAAUCAAACCUUAGAAGUCAUCAGGGAAUGCAUACUGGAGAGAAACCUUACAAAUGUAAUGAAUUUGGAAAAGUCUUCAGUAAAAAGUCAUACUUAGCAAAUCAUCAAAGAAUCCAUACUGGAGAGAAACUUUUCAAAUGUAAUGAAUGUGGCAAGGACUUCAAUCAGAAUUCAAACUUUAUAUGUCAUCAGACUAUUCACACUAGUGAGAAACCUCACAAAUGUAAUGAAUGUGGCAAGGUCUUCAGUCUCAAUUCAUACCUAGCAAAUCAUCAGAGAAUCCAUUCUGAAGAGAAAGCUUACAAAUGUAACGAAUGUGGCAAGGUCUUCAGUCAAAAGUCAAACCUAGCAAAUCAUCAGAGAAUGCAUUCUGGAGAGAAACUCUACAAAUGUAAUGACUGUGGAAAAGUCUUCAGUAAAAUGUCAUACUUAGCAAACCAUCAAAGAAUCCAUACUGGAGAGAAAUCUUUCAAAUGUAAUGAAUGUGGCAAGGUCUUUAGUCACAAUUGCUACCUUGUACAACAUCUGAUAAUUCAUGCUAGAGAAAAACCUUAUAAAUGUAAUGAAUGUGGCAAGGUCUUCAGACACAAGUCAUACCUAGCAAGUCAUCAGAGAAUCCAUACUGGAGAGAAACCUUACAAAUUCAGUGAAUGUGGUAAAGUGUUACUCAGGUCAUUUCUAGCAAAGCAUCAAACCAUCCACACUGGAGAGAAACUUUACAAGUACGAUAAAUGUCAGAAAGUGUUCAAUAGCAAUUCCCACCUUGCACAUCAUUGUAGCAUUCACACUGGAGAGAAACCUUACAAAUACAAUGAAUGUGGCAAAGUGUUCAGUCUAAACUCAUUCCUAGUAUGUCAUCUGAGAGUUCAUACUUGAGAGAAACCUUACUAA